UGCUUCCCAACCUUUGGAGAUCGCCUAGGAACCUUCCUCAGGAGUUCUGUGCGGCCCUGAGUAGAGCUCCAGAAUCAACACCCAACAUUGAUGAGUUUGCCUUGGGAGUCAGUGAGAAGGUGAAAUCAAAGGCCACCAUGGGUCAGAAGGUCACGGGAGGAAUCAAGACUGUGGACAUGCGGGACCCCACAUACCGGCCUCUAAAGCAGGAGCUCCAGGGUCUGGAUUAUUGCAAGCCCACCCGGCUGGACCUGCUGCUCGACAUGCCGCCCGUGUCCUAUGACGUCCAGCUGCUCCACUCCUGGAACAAUAAUGACCGUUCGCUCAAUGUCUUCGUGAAGGAAGACGACAAGCUGAUCUUUCACCGGCAUCCGGUGGCCCAGAGCACGGACGCUAUCAGAGGCAAAGUUGGGUACACACGUGGGCUGCAUGUAUGGCAGAUCACGUGGGCCAUGAGGCAACGAGGCACACAUGCCGUGGUAGGGGUGGCCACAGCGGAUGCCCCUUUGCACUCUGUUGGGUACACAACCCUUGUAGGAAAUAACCAUGAGUCCUGGGGCUGGGACUUGGGGCGCAACCGUCUCUACCAUGACGGCAAGAACCAGCCAAGUAAAACAUACCCAGCCUUUCUGGAGCCAGAUGAGACAUUCAUUGUCCCAGACUCCUUUCUUGUGGCCUUGGACAUGGAUGAUGGGACCUUGAGUUUCAUCGUGGAUGGACAGUACAUGGGAGUGGCUUUCCGGGGACUCAAGGGUAAAAAACUGUAUCCUGUAGUGAGUGCCGUCUGGGGCCACUGUGAGAUCCGAAUGCGAUACUUGAACGGACUUGAUCCUGAGCCCCUGCCACUCAUGGACCUGUGCCGACGUUCGGUGCGCCUAGCACUAGGAAAGGAGCGCCUGGGUGCCAUCCCCGCUCUGCCGCUACCUGCCUCCCUCAAGGCCUACCUCCUCUACCAGUAACCCACAUCCCAGGACCACCAUACGACAGCCACCUGGUGCCAACUCACUGAGCCGUCGGGGUCCACUGACCCCCCCGAGCCUGCGAUGGAUGCCCACCCUCAGCCAUGGGCAGACGUGUCCUCUCAUCCCACCAGCCGCCUCUGCGGGGUGGACCGAUGCCAACGGACUUCUCUCCUCCUCCCAACGCUGGCUGAAGCAGCACCAUCCAGGCCCUUCCCUGAACCAGAUGCAGAGAAUAAACUAUGGAUGCCUCCUCGGGCGCCUCUCUGCUCUCAGGUGGAGUGGGCCGCUCCCCCACUCCCUGCGGAGGGUCCGCAGCCACCUGGGGGACCUGGGAGGUGAGGCUAGGGGGAGAGGCCAGGGCUCCAGGGCAGAUUCCGAAAGCAGGAAUGGCCAGGCCCAGGCCCCGGCCCUCGGAUGAAGCUCAGGAUGUCCUCCCUUGGGCCAGUGAGGGCCAGCCUCAGCGCCAGCUGUUGGUGCUCUGUGCCCUGUAUCUAUUAUUCAGACAGUAAUGAAGGCCAUUUAUUUAUUCCGUUUAGAAAGGGAGCCCGCUGGGGUCACUUCCCUUGGUGUGGUCUAUUACUUUCUCCCACCUGCCACCCCGCCUGGGACAUGCCUGUGGCAUACGAGCUUUUGAGCACAGAUACGAGUGUGUCGUUGUGUAGAUCCUUCAACCUGAUUCCCAAGGAGCUCUGCACCAGGCCGCCGAGCAGGCCGCAAGGAGACUUAGAGGGCUGUGCAAGUCCCCGUGUCCCCAGGUAGCUGCUUCCCUUGGGCAGUCAUAUAUCAUUUGCACAUUUGGGUCUCUGGUCUUCCAUGAGUUUUGAGCUUUGCACCUGAUUUUUCUGAUAUUUCCCACUAGUGGCCGAAAAAGCUCUAGGCCUGGAGGAUUGUCAGACAAACAAGCGUGAGUAGGCUUUCCAACCCUGGGAAGCCAUAGAGGCAAGACAGGAUAAGAGAAACUAGAGCAGAGUGGAGCAUCUUGAAAAGCCUGUGCCCUCGCCUCAGGCUAACGACUCUAGCACACACACCCUCAAGCCUCAGAAGUGGGGUGCAGGACAGCCCCAAGGGUGCCUGUCCCCAGCAACACCCUCAUGGAGCACCCCAGCCCCUGCUCCUGCUCUCUCACCAUUUCUUCUACUUUAAAGCAACUCCCUAAGUAGGGUGUGUAGCCCAGAUGGUAGAGUGCUCGCCUAGCAGCAUACCGGAAGCUCAGGUUCCAUCCCCCCAACCUCCCUCCCACCCCCACUCCCCACCCCUGCACCAAGGAAAAUCAGGCAAGGUGUGAAAUACCUGUGAUCCCAGCAUUCAGGAGGCAGAGGCAGAAGGACUGGAGUUCAAUGGCAUGCUGAGUUUGUGGCCGCCCCGGGCCAUGGUAAACCUUGUCCUUAAAAAAGAAAAAGAAAGAAAAGAAAUCAACUCCCAUUGAGUCCCAGUUCUGUUCAUUCUGCACAGGUACAAUAGAUAUCUUUAUUUGUUGAAAAUGUUUAAUAUAUUUACAUAUAUAUAUAUAUAUAUAUUUGUAAGAAUCAUUUUAAGCAGCUGCUGUAGGGUACCUUUUUUUUUUUUAAUCUUCCAGUGGAGUAUAAUUUUUAAAGCACAAAAUUGGUGCCAAGACUAGAUAAAGAAUGUAAAUUACUCCCUUAUAUUUUGAUGGGGUUUUUUUUGUUUUGUUUUGUUUUGUUUUUGUUUUUUGUCAGACUGUAAACUUUUACUUGUUCCAGUUUUGGAGUGGAUCAUAUUCAGUUGUACAGAUCCCAGCCUGUCCUCUUGAUCCAGCGCUACCCCAGGGGUACUGGUCAAGUGCCAGGCUCUCCUGCAUCCCCCGUGCUCCAUUGCCCCAGGACUCACCACCCCUUGCCGCUCUCCCAUCAGCAUAAAGCCUUGAGGCCUGUAUAGUUUUGAAAGCCCAUUCUGUUCUACUUUACGAUGAUUCAUAACAAUAACCUAAUAAACAAAAGUUUGUUAA